AUGACUGGUAGAAGCUCCCUUCCGGCCAAUCUUGGCCGCAACCGAGCCGGCGGAGGAAUACAGAAAAGACGACAAUCAGCGAGACUCGAUAGAGAAGGCGAUCUCGACAUGAGUGGCCAAGCCCCCACCGGCCCUCGGGCCCGCCCUAUCAGUGGUGCUAAGCCAAGACCGGCCAGAUCGAACACCGCCCCUGGUCAGAAACCAGAGACGGGCCCUUCGAAAGGGUUCCGGCCUGUACGAAGCAACGCUCGCCAUCCAGUUGGCACUGUUAAUGGGAUCAAACAACCCGCUGGCGGUUUUAUCGAGAUGAAGGUAUCGGGAUGGAAGGAUUUAAAGGCUACUAACUCAGAAACCAUCCUCUUCCUUGAAAGAAGGUUGAAGGAAAAGCUUAGAAGAGUUCGACCUGUUGGGGAUAACAUCAUGUUCCAAGUCCCGCUUGUCAAGGUCCCCACGAUUCUUGAAUUUGACGGUAUCAAAUUCGCCGGCGGCAACCUCAGAAUACAGCCCGUCAAUGAACUUCCUGCUAGCAUACAGGCGGCUAUAAAGCCAACCGUUGAUCGAUCCGAGGAAGCCCAACAACUAGCCUCACUGUUGAAAAAUGUUCUUCAGUCUCGUUACGUUGCUGCCUCGAAGAUGCUCGACCUUUCCGCCUUAGGCACACAUCCACAGUUGCAGGGUAGCGGAUUCUUCGACCAAGAUUCGACCCGAGCCAAAAUGUUUCCCGCGAUGAUGAAAGUUGCCGACGAACAAUUUACGAAUAGGGCCGAGAAGCGAGACUCGGUCGUCAGUGUAAACCUGGCCAGUAAUACUUUGAACGACAUCAGCAUGGUCGCCUCACUUGCUGCUACAUUUCCAGAAUUAAAGAAUCUCAGCCUUGAGAACAACAAUAUCACGACAUUCAAGCAACUCGAGCCCUGGAGAUUCAAAUUCCGCAAGCUGGAACAGCUUCUUCUCACCGGAAAUCCCAUCACUCAACUACCGAAUUAUCGUGAGGACUGUAGGAAGUGGUGGAAAUCAUUAAUCAUGUUGGAUAAUGUAUAUUAUCCCGACCCUCCACCGGCUUCAAAGAAUGAUCAUUCGGCUGGCCCUGGGUCUUUCCCUCCCAUGCCUUUGAUGAUCCAACCAAGUGGCGUCAUUGACGACCAAGAUCACACAAACGAAUUCCUGUCGACAUUCUUCCCUGCGUUUGACACGGACCGUAAGCUUUGCGUCCAGACCUUUUACAAUAACCAGUCGAUGUUUUCCAUCUCUGUCAAUGUCUCUGCUCCGCGCCUUAGUGGUGACACGAAGCACAACAUUCAGAAAUGGGAUUCUUACAUCCCGAAGUCUCGCAACAUGGUUCGGCUACGCAACCCGACAGCCAUUAAAGACCGCUGCGCAAAGGGGCCUACGGCCAUCCAGAAAAUCUGGGACACUCUUCCCCGCACCUUCCACGACGUAACCGACCCAUUGAAAUGGAAUUACGACAGCAAAAAUAUUUCAUAUGAGGACACCGUCGGGAUGCUUCUGACCGUUCACGGGGAGUAUGAGGAGCCCGAGAACGUGGCCAUGGAGGGGGUUGCUUCGAAGAGAAGCUUCACGAGGACCUUCUUGGUGGUCCCGAACGGCGCGGGCGGGUAUCUCGUCCGCCGAGAUAUGCUGCUCGUAAGAGCUUACGGCGGAAGCAGCGCCUGGCAGGCAGAGACCCUGCUGCCGCAGCCAGCGGCACCACAGGCCGCCCCCGAGCAGGCCGCCAACGCCCCCCCACAGCAAAUCGCUGUCUUGGAUCCGAAGGAGCAGAUGCUCCAGAUGAUCCAGCAGCUGAUGUCGCAAACUGGGCUCACACCCAAGUUUGCAGAAAUGUGCUUGGAGCAAACGGGGUGGGAUUUGGCGAAGGCGAUGCAGGCCUUCAACGAGGCCACCGAUCCGGUUCUGGGCCGAUGCAUCAUCUACCCAGAUGGCUGCUUUAAGCAGCAAAACGACAACGCCCUCUUCUACAUCAAUCCCGAUGGAUUGAUGGAUAAGCUGCCGAAUAGUGCAUUCGUUUGCACUAAUAACGCUAUCUACACCUACCAGGCGAGCGUUACUACGAACAAUACCACGGUUGGGGCCGGACCGGAAGGCGGUCCACAAGGGGUGGUGGAACCUGAAGGGUUCCCCACCCAAACGACUGGCAGUACAGUCGUUAACGUCGAGCCUUGCGUCGAGAUCACCUUGGAAGACGCCCCCUACUAG